UCAGAAACCAUAUGAUAUGAUUUAAACAAGAGAGUUUAGAGUUUAGAGUAAAUAAGGAGAGAGCAAGAAAUGGCAAAGCCAGUGCAGAUUGAAGUGUGGAAUCCAAAUGGAAAAUAUAGAGUUGUCAGCACAAAAUCGAUGCCUGGGACUAGAUGGAUUAAUCUUCUCAUUCAACAAGAUUGUCGUCUUGAAAUAUGCACUGAGAAGAAAACUAUUUUAUCAGUUGAUGACAUUCUUGCUCUUAUUGGAGAUAGGUGCGAUGGUGUCAUUGGCCAGUUGACAGAAGAUUGGGGAGACACACUGUUCUCUGCAUUAAGCAAGGCUGGAGGGAAAGCUUUUAGUAACAUGGCUGUAGGAUACAACAAUGUUGACGUCGAAGCUGCUAACAAGUAUGGUGUUGCUGUUGGAAAUACACCUGGAGUACUGACAGAGACUACAGCAGAGUUAGCGGCUUCACUUUCUUUAGCUGCAGCGAGAAGAAUUGUGGAGGCAGAUGAGUUCAUGAGAGCUGGAAAAUAUGAAGGAUGGCUUCCACAUUUGUUUGUGGGGAACUUACUUAAAGGACAAACAGUUGGCGUGAUUGGGGCUGGUCGUAUUGGAUCUGCUUAUGCUAGAAUGAUGGUUGAAGGCUUCAAAAUGAACUUGAUAUACUACGACCUAUAUCAAUCUACUCGUCUAGAAAAAUUUGUGACAGCCUAUGGUCAGUUUUUGAAAGCCAAUGGUGAACAACCUGUAACAUGGAAAAGAGCUUCAUCCAUGGAGGAGGUCCUCCAAGAGGCUGAUGUGAUAAGUCUACAUCCAAUCCUUGAUAAAACAACGUACCAUCUUGUGAACAAAGAACGGCUGGCACUGAUGAAGAAGGAAGCAAUACUUGUGAACUGUAGUAGGGGGCCUGUUAUUGAUGAAGUAGCUCUUGUUGAGCAUCUGAGGGAAAAUCCCAUGUUCCGUGUUGGCCUUGAUGUCUUUGAGGAUGAGCCCUACAUGAAACCCGGCCUUGCAGACAUGAAGAAUGCUGUUGUGGUACCCCACAUAGCUUCUGCUUCUAAGUGGACUCGCGAGGGAAUGGCUACCCUGGCCGCUCUGAAUGUUCUGGGGAAAGUUAAAGGCUACCCAAUUUGGAGCAAUCCAAACAGCGUGGAACCGUUCUUAAAUGAGAAUGCACCGCCCCCUGCUGCAUGCCCUAGCAUUGUGAAUUCAAAAGCUUUAGGCUUACCUGUUUCGAAGCUGUGAAGUUGAAAUGUUUUAAGUGAUUCAACAUAUAUAUGCCAAAUUACUGGAAAUGUCUAUAUAUAUUUCAAGCUUGCUAUACUAUGUCUGUCAUGUAUCUCUCAUUUGGUUUACAUGAUUUUGCUAUAAUUAGGACACAAAUUUUAUACGCAAUUUCUUGUUUUAACACA